UUUGUGCGUAGAAUCUAAACGAUAUCUGAUAAGACAUUUUCCCAAAAAUCAUGGCACCUUUCCGUAUUAUGUGGUAAUUCUCAUACAGGACGUUGAUGCUGUAAUUUGCAAUGACCUAUGCCGCAUAAUAGCAGAUCCGUGGCCAACGUAUAUACCACGACACUUAGAACAAUUUAGAGACGCCGAGAUUAAUAUCCAGACCGUAUGGUAAUUUUGUGGCUUUCAUACAUCCAUAUAUGCAUAUUAAUCCCCCCAUAUUAAUUAAAAAAACGGGAUUAAUGGAACACUAUUCUAUUUGCUAUAAAGAAUACCCGAAUAAGGUAAACACUAGCUUGUCAUAAUUUUUUAAUCUUUUAGUGCUGACCGGUUCUGACGAUGUUUUUGUAUCAUUUUAUAUUAUUUUAAAACAAGUAUUGUAAUUUUGUAUUAUUCUGUAUUAUAUAACAGAGGUGUCAUUCUUGGUUUGCAAUGUUUAAUUUCCUGAAUGCAACAAGUUUUUUUAAAGACAAAAGCAAUAUAUAAGUAUUUUUAUUAGGCAGGCACUUGCAAGACGUGUUCGUUCAAGAUUUUUGCUGUAAGUUUUUAUACAAGUAAUUUUAUAUGGUAGUAACCCUUUUAUCAUUUAAUAUUAAAUGUACUUAGAUUUCUCUGGCCUGGAAUAAUAUAUUAUUAAAAUACCAGUGAUAUUAAACGCAUUUCUCACUUUAUCAACAUAAAUAUCAAACCAUAUGGUUAAUAACACAGCAUAUUUCAACACCAGAAAGAUUGUGAAUUAUUAUAAUUUCGUGCUAAUCUCAGUUUCAGUCCAAAUAGUGUCAUUUGGCAGUAUUACACCAGACACGUACAGUACAUGGUGCUUAUUAGCAUAUCAGAGCGGUGACUUCGGCGUAACUUUUGCACAACGCAUCACACGCGAAAGCGUCAAUUUCACGGCAGCUCAUCAGUCAGACACCAAGUGCCUGAUUUCUUUUGGUUAACUGUAUUUUCUGCCCCCCUCAAAUAAACUUUCCACCCGACCGAGCCGGUGUACCCAGCAGCAGCUCACGCCGAUCCGAGGGUUUUGCUGAUGGGUGACGCUCUGGAUCACGUGUUCCUACACUGGGUUGGUUUCUCAGUGCUGAAAACAGGCCUGAAUAGGGGAAGAAACCUUGGAGGUUACGGAAAGGUCAUGCAGGAACACUACAAUCUCUUAAUGGCUGGUCCUUGACUGGAAACACCAGCUCUACAUUUAAAACCAAACAACACCCUGCCACUUCAUACUCAAAUACCCCUCUGUUUUUCAAAGCCAUGGCCAGCAAGAGGAAAUCCACUAUCCCAUGUAUGAUCCCAGUGAAGACCAUGCACACGCAGGAUGACAGGGAACAGGAGGAUGGCCUGCUAGACUGUACGUCUUCUCGUCCUGUUAUCUUCCACUCUGGAGAGGACUCUUGUGGACAAGGCUCUCAGGAGGCCGGUGAAGCCUCCAGCUCUGACAAGGGCAAUACACAACGAGAAGGAGGCACAUACACAUGUCGACCAUGCGGUUUUGAGUCCCAUGACCUAAACCUCUUUCUGGACCAUGUUUAUAACGUCCAUGCUGACUUCCGGGCUGAGCCCAGCUUCUACUGUUUGGACUGUGGAGUGUCAGCGGCAAAGUUCGAGGGGUUGGCCCUGCAUAACGCCCAUGCCCACCCAAGUACAGUCAACACCACGCUGCAGGUGAAGAAAAGAGACCGGCGGAUAACUGUGGAGCAGAGUCUGGUGGUGAACGAGGGAUCCAAAGAGUCUGAGAUCUCCAUCACAAAGACGCCAAUCAUGAAGAUGUUAAAGGGCAAGUCUGAGCCCAAGAGGAUCGUGGUGUCUCACGGCGUGGAUGAGUUAGAUACUAUCAACAGUAAGGAAGCAGAGAAGAUUGAGCCGCCAGCAGUAACACACGUCCCCACCAUAGUUCACAAUGGAGCAGUAACCAAGCCUGCUCUUCCAACAGCCUUGCAGGUUGUGAAUGGCUCCGGAACUCUACCUGUGCUCAAGACUGCCAUCACCCAGGUGGUGUCCGUGGUGCAGAACCGGACCCUUCAUCAGCAGUCGGCCACUAUGACGGCCUCUUCAUCUGCCUCGUCCUCUUCCUCAUCCACUACAAGCUCUAGGAACCUCCCCAAGGUGAUGAUUCCCCUGAGCAGCAUCCCCACUUACGAUGCCGCCAUGGACAACAGCAGCUUCUUAAAGACCUCCUUCAGUAAAUUCCCAUACCCAACCAAAGCUGAGCUCUGCUACCUGACCGUCGUCACCAAGUAUCCUGAGGAACAGAUCAAGAUCUGGUUCACCGCCCAGCGACUGAAGCAGGGAAUCAGCUGGUCACCCGAGGAAAUCGAGGACGCCCGCCGGAAGAUGUUCAACACUAUUAUCCAGACGGCUCCUCCCGUUCCUCAACAGCCACAGCCCCGGCAAACCCACCAUGGCCCUGCUCAGCAUACCAUCACUGUCCUGCCGGCCUCAUUGGGCCACAACAGCAUUCCCCACAUCCUGCAGGGCAGCCUGGUUGGUCAGGGUGGGGUAAUUGUCACACAGCCUUUGGUCGCUAAUGGCCUCCAAGUCAGCAGUGCCCCCGUGGCCCUGGCAGUCACCCCCAAGCCUCAGAUGGCUGCCAAGCCGUUGAUGCAAGCCAGGCCCACAGCUGCAUUGGUGGCGGACAAGGGGGUCAGCAUGGUGGUGGGCACCGUUGAAAGCAGCAGCAGUGGCGGCAGCAGUGUCAUCAUCAGUACGAAUAGCAGUAUUAGCAGCAGCAGCAGCAGCAGCAGCAGUAGUAGUAGUAGUAGUAGUAAUAGUAGUACUACGAGCAGCAGUAUAACCAGCAGCAGCAUGACUACCCCCAGUGGAAGCAGCAGCACCAGCACCAGCAGCUCAACAACAAGCACUAGCAGUAGCACCAGCAGCACUACCUGCAGCACCAGCAUCACCCCCAGCAGCACUAUUAGUCACACCAGUGUUAUUAACGUUAGCAGUGGCGGCAGCAGCAGCAAUAGCAACCAUGGCAACAAAGGUGGUGAAGCCAACAGCAGCAGCAGUAACGGCAGCAGCAGUAACGGCACCACCAGCACUGGCAACGACGGCGGCGAUGCGAAGAAAGGCUCCACCGAUGACGUUGUCGGCGUCAGCGGUGACGAGAAAACGGCAGACGCGUUGCCGCCUGUCCUCAGCAUGACCCACAGCUCACGUACGCUCCCGAGCAGCUUUCUGGACCCCAGCUUCUACAAGAACAAGAAGUCGCAGGAGCAGCUGAGCGCCCUCAAACAGAGCUUCAUUCGCUGCCAGUUCCCCAAUCAAGAGGAGGUGGAGCGGCUCACCAAAAUCACGGGCCUAACGAUCCGGGAGGUACGCAAGUGGUUCAGUGACCGGCGCUACCAUUAUCGCAACCUGAAGGGUGCACGCUCCAGCACAGGGGGCCUCUUCAGCGGGAAUUCCCUCCUUGACUUUGCCGACAGCCCCACCUCUGCAGAAAUCCCCAAAUCCGGCCAGUCCUCACAGAGCACAGUGCAGCAGCAUCACCACCAGACCUCUCCACCCGCUCCAUCUCGCCGGGUCUCUCGGCAGCAAACGCCAGAUUUCACUGCCAUCCGUUACAAGGAACGGGACCCUCAACAGAUACGGGCCCUCGAGUCCAGCUUCUUGCAGAACCCCACGCCCCCUGUUGAGGAAGUCGACAGGCUGCGUGCUGAGACCAAGAUGACCCGGCGUGAGAUUGACGGCUGGUUCUCUGAGCGUCGGAAGAAGGCAGCAGCUGAGAAGAAAAAGGAAGAGUUUGAGAAGGCAGAGAAAGAGGAAGAUGAUGAUGAUGUCAUGGAAGAGGACACUGUAGUAAAAGAUGGCAAAGAUGGCCCUUCACAGGGGACAUCAACACAGCAGCAAACCAAGGAUGACAAGCAGCAAACCAAGGAUGACAAGCAGAAGGAAGACACUCCAGGGUCUGAACCCAAAGUGAACCCCAUCAAGAUAAAUUUGAAAAUGCUCAAGGUUACUGAAUCCAACGGCAAACCUGAAGCUGAGGCCAGCCCACCCACACAGGCUGAGAGUCCAAAAGUCCCACAUCUAUCUACGUCUACUCGUGGCAAAAAGACUCCGGACCAGCUGCAUUUGCUGAAACAAGUGUUUGCCCGCACCCAGUGGCCCAGCAGCCCUCAGUAUGAGGAGCUGAUCGCCAGGACGGGCCUGCCAAGGCCAGAGGUGGUGCGCUGGUUCGGUGAUAGCCGGUACGUGUACAAGAAUGGACAGCUCAAGUGGCUUGAAAGCUACCAGCAAAUGGCUGAAGAGGAGGACUACAAGAGGGGCGAUACUGAGGUGCUGAAGGAGCACCUGAAUACUCAUGGAAAGUUGGAGGAGGAGCACGUCAAGGGACUGGUAGAAGCCAGUCGGCUUGAUGAAGACCUUGUCCGGCGGUGGUUUGCCACACGCUCCGGCUUGCUCCCGGAUGACAAGGCAGAAGAAAUGACUGACGUGGAACAGACGAUUGAGCAGAACCAGGAACCACACGGCGAGGGUGUGACAAAAAGUCCACAGAUCACAGAAGCCCAGUCCACGAGUACCAAGGAAGGAACAGACUGACAGACGGACCGCGGCCGGUGAAGAGGAGAAUUCCUGGGGUUUACAGAUGGCCAUUUUUUUUUUUUUUGGGAGUGUUGUUGGUGACAGCCUUUGUGACUGUGGUCGGAUUGCACAGACAUCCCCUUUCUCAAAAAGCACACAGAUAGGCCACUGGCUUGGCCUCAGCUGGGAAGGGUAUGGCGGUCGGCGUCCCUCUUCAAGGGUGCUUGGCGGGCAGGGAUAGAAGGGUUAGGACUUCAGCCGACAUGUGGAGGAAAGGUGCUAAGACCAGUAGAUAGACCAGGUCAGUCCCAGCUCGAGGAUCAAACUGGACCAUGGAUCAAGAGACUUUUUCCGGAAGACUGUAGGGUACACUAGGAACUGGAGUGUCGUCAAGUAACUUGGUGUCUAGAAGAAGCUUACUGCAUUUCGUACAUUUUAGCAGUCCGUAAUUUAGCACAACAGUUUUCCAUUAUCCUGGAUUUUUCAGAAUCUCUUCAGUAUGAUGACUGUGUAAGAUGUCAGUUUUACUGGAUUUCAAGCAUACUAGGCCUAUUGUAUCAUUUUUACAGAUUUAUUUCCAGAAUAAACAGUAUAACUACUGAGAAA